GGGGAGGAUACGAUGCCCUCGGCGAGCGGCUGAGGCAGGCAUGGACUACGGGUGAGGAUGCGUCAUAGGCUUGGGCGGGAGCAACCAACCGAGAGGAGCAAGUCGAGAGAGCGGAACACAGUCUCAGCAAACUUGGGCAGUGAAGGUCAGCCUACGCGCGCUGCCGAGUUUUGUUCAGAUGGCGGCCGAGCGCCGGCAGUGGGGAAAUGCAUGCCGAAUCGGUGCCACGGGCAUGCAUCGAUCACGUCCCGACAGCCCCCGCCGCCCGCGCCUGCCCAAUAAGGGACGGCUUGGCGGGAGUGCCUGGACGUUUGCCGCCAAGGAGUGGAUUCGAUUGGAUGGGCGCCGAGGUGGCCAAGAUCUAUCGUGCCAGCAGCUUCCCACUCGCCGCAGCAGCCCUCCCUGCUCUCAACGCUGUACACUACCCUUCUUGCCGACGCUCCUUCUGUGCUGUCCCGCGAUUCUCACUGCGCACGCUGCCUCGUCGAUCACACUUAAUCGCUUGUCCGCCGCGAUGCCGUUGAACCUCGCUCUCUGUCAGAGACAUCCCCGCUACGCCCUCCUCCUCGCCUUCGUCCUCCUCUCCACCUUCUUCCUCCUCUCCCCUGACGGCGCACUCGAUCCCCGUUCAAGUCGCAAUGCUGUCCGUGUGGCAUCUGCCGACGCCAGCCUACCCGUCCGCGUUGCUGCCUCCGAGGCUCGAUACCAGCGGAUCGUCCGCCGCCGAAAAGACAUGAUUCACAAAUAUGGCCCAAGGCCCCAAGACGUCACUAUGUGCGUCGCGUACAAGCUCUAAAGAAAACAACCCGCUCAUACGUAUGUUCAGGUUCCCGCCAGACCGCGAGCCAUGGCCCGCAUACACUGUCUGUAAGUCCCUUCUAUCAUCCUUUUUCCUUAUGUCUCCUUUCCUUCUGUCUGCCCUCUUCAUUCUGCACCUCCCGCACUCUG